GGCGCGCGCGCGCGCGUCGCUUAAGAGCGCAGUGAGCGGGCCCUGUCGCGCAUGCGCGGGUGGCCGUCGGUGCAGGGCGGCCGGGGCCGAGGAGCGGGGUGACUUGUGAGGAGUUGCUUUCCCUGGAGCCUGAACCUGGGGGGUUGUUUGUGGCCUAGCAAGAAGUGGUUUCUUUUCCCGAGCUGUUGGCAUCGUCUUGCUUGGAUUCAGUCGUUCCCAGAGGAAUGGAGGAAUGCAGCUGAUGAGUCCUUAACUACCCUGUGCUCCCAUAGGCAGCACCAGAAGCUGGCUUCAUCUUUUCCAUUUUGGCCCUUCAGGGGUGGGCCUCUCAUUGUUACCUGUUCUGGGUACCUUUUCAGUGGUGCUACAGACCAAAGGAGAUGGAAGAAAAGGAGCGAUGUGAUAAAUUCCAGCUGGUACCUUGAGACUAAGGGGAUUCAUAUCUUUUGACUUUUUUUCCUAGGUGGGGAAGGGGGGAGGGAAGUAUUAUAUUUUAUGGGGUAUGGGAGGAAGGAGGAAAAAUGUGUUGCAGAUCUUUAUGUGGUUUUUAAAGCCAGCGAUCAGAGGCAAUUACUGAAUAAACUGAAGCAUAACAGGAGGGUUUGUGAGCUGGAAGCAGUGCUACCCUGCAAAAGAAAGGGGCAGUGGGCGGCUGUUGUGACUGUGGAGGAAGAAACUUCAGCCUCCUUCGUUUCUCGCCACCUACUCUCCAUCCACCCUACGUGAAAAUGAGUUGUGUGCCAUGGAAAGGUGACAAGACCAAAUCAGAAUCACCGGAGCCACCCCAGCUGCCACCACUGCAUAUCUACCAUGAGAAGCAGCGUAGGGAGCUGUGUGCCCUCCAUGCCCUCAACAAUGUCUUCCAGGACAGCAAUGCCUUCACUAGGGAAACCCUGCAGGAGAUUUUUCAGAGGCUGUCUCCCAACACCAUGGUGACACCCCACAAGAAGAGCAUGCUGGGGAACGGAAACUAUGAUGUGAACGUGAUCAUGGCAGCGCUUCAGACCAAAGGCUAUGAGGCGGUUUGGUGGGACAAGCGCAGGGAUGUUAAUGUCAUUGCCCUAUCUAACGUGAUGGGCUUCAUCAUGAAUCUGCCCUCCAGCCUUUGCUGGGGCCCCUUGAAGCUCCCCCUCAAGCGACAGCACUGGAUCUGCGUCCGGGAGGUGGGAGGCACCUACUACAACCUUGACUCCAAACUCAAGGUGCCCGAGUGGAUUGGAGGUGAAAGUGAGCUCAGGAAAUUUUUGAAACACCAGCUGAGAGGAAAGAACUGUGAACUCCUGCUGGUGGUGCCAGAGGAGGUGGAAGCACAUCAGAGCUGGAGAGCUGACGUGUGACCCGCACAGUCUCUGUCCUCCCACUACAGCUCUUCCCCUUUACUGAACUCCCGAUGUCCUGAAACCUGGAUAACGGGUGCCCCGACUCUUCUUGUCCGGAAACUUCCUUUGUUAGGCUCUUCUCUUCCUUCCUUGGUGCAAUAGGGCAACAGUGUAGGACACUGCAGGGCAGGGGGGGAAGAAUUGAGGGCAGAGUGGAGGAAACUGGAAGCCAAUCACUUUAACUGCAGAGGUGGGUGAGCCAUGUGCCCUUCGGCCAGCUAGAAGGCGUUGUGCUCUUCAAAACUGGGCUUUGGGACUAGGGUGUCAGGAAGCCUCUGGCCUCCCUUUCCCCACACUGGUCAGGGCUGCAUGUGUUGGGAUGCUGCUCCCUCCAGGGAGGAGCAGGGGCCGAGCAUGCUGCUGCUUCUUUGGGAGUGUUUCCCUCCAAAACAAGUCGUCCUGAAGACAUUUGCAGUUCCUAAGGGUCUCUCAGGACACUCAAACACUAGGAAUGGUACGGUGCUCAGCAUGACCCUCUGCUUCCUAGGGAUGGUUUGUGCCAGGAAUGAAAAAUUAUAACAGUGUCAUUUUUCAAUAAAUCCUUUGGGUAGCUAGAGGAUUCUUCCCCAGUGUCUCCAGGGAUUUAUGCACGAGGCAAGCAGUUCUUUGGCAGCAUGUGGCUGGCUAGGGUGAUGUGGAAACAGCAAGCACAGGCUAAUUGAGGAGUUUCUUGACUGGAGAGGGGCCAUAAUCUGCUUUUGUUUCUUUGUGCUGUGUUGGGGUUGGGUUUUUUUUCUUAAUAUCUGUGUUGGUUUUCUGCAUGGUCACCCAGUAGUUCAGGGGCUGCUCAGAGAGAAGAAGAAAAUUGAAGGGGUUUUGAAAUGAAUUCAUUCCCUUUUAUUUUCCUUUUUCCAGAAGCCUAGCCCACAGUAACGAACGUCAUGCAAAAUGUUCCAGAAAAGAGGUAAAGUUACAAAGCAGGAAUUGGCUGAGGAGGAAGUCUUUGUAGUAGUCAGGUUUUGCCCCUUUUCAUAGUUACUAGGUGAUAGGGUGGGAGAUGCAGAGGGUCUACCAGAGCCUUCAGGCGCUAGGGAGACCCUGGCCUGGAAGUUGAACCAAUGUCUCUUAGUGUUGGCCAACAAACAUUCCGUUAUGGACAAAUCACUUUGUCCUCCCUUCCCUUCCAUGGGGAAAAGAGUGACUAGGCACAGAGGCGCUACGAGGAACCUGUACUGGCUGUUUCCUGGUCACCUGGGCGAGCCAUAGCUCAGUCAUGCCUUCCACAGCAGGAGGAAGAAAUGCUGAAUUUGGAAGAGACUCUUGCAUUUGGCUCUUCCUGGCUGAGCUGCCAUUUGCUUCUCUGUUACGCAUGGGAUGUCUCAGUAAAACAGCCAUCUCUGGGACAUGAUGGAGCUUGAAGGAUCCUGCUCCAUCAUGCUGGGAAGUCUCAUUACUGGCAUUUGAGCUUGUGAAAGGAGGGGCCUUGUAACUACCUUUUCUCAGUUAUUUUUCUCUUGAGAGCUCCACGGAGCGCAAGCGGGUGUUUGAAGUCGAGAGACCACCACACUUGCACCUUCCCAACAGCAAACACAGGCCAUGUGGCGACAGGAUGACUAUGAUGUUCACUGCCCCCGGACACCUGGCCAGCAGCAUUUCAGAGUCUUUUGAGCACAGCCUCCCCCAGCCAAGGGCAAAUGGCUCUUAGGUUUUAAAGACCCAACAUUUCUAUAAAGUCCUAUUUCAUAACACAUUCCACUGACUGAUACCAGCUGGCAGAGUUUUUAAACACUUUACGGGCAGGAGGCGCAGCCUGCAGGCGCUCUGCUUGUGACUUGAAGCCAUUUCUUCAAGGUGGGGUGGGUGGGAGGGUGGGAACAAAUCUCAACAGCAAUGUUUUCUGUGCUGAUUGAAGUCGCACUUUGGAGAAACCCUAUUUGCAUGGAAACUGCAAGCCAACAGCUCAGUGCACAAUAUGCAAAGAUGUUUUAAAACAUUUUUGGGGCUACUUUAUUCUCCUUGUAUGUCAGCAGCUUUCCCAUGGCGGGAAGGCCAGGGGGAAACAGCGUGAUCCGGCUGCUCAGGUAACAGGAAAGCGCACUAUCGUGCCCCCAUGGGAGGCGAGGCUGCCGUGCCCGAGAGGGUGGGUGAGCUGGUCCAGUCCCACCGCUUGGGAGUGGGGAAGCCUGCGUUUGUUUUCUUGCCUGGUUGGUUUUUGUUAGAGACUUGUCUUGGGUUUGUUUACAGAGAUGUAUUUUGUUUAACCAAAUAUUAAAAAUGGAAGAAAAAAAUU